CCUAAAGAGAGGAGCACAUUGGAAUCUGAGACUUCAGGCCCCAGAGAAAGUGUACACGGCCAGAACGGGGCGAUGGCGGUGGCCCUGGGUUGUGCCAUUCAGGCCUCACUGAAUCAGGGCUCCGUGUUUCAAGACUAUGAUGCCGACUGUGAAGUCUUCCGUCAGCGCUUCAGGCAGUUCCAGUACAAAGAAGCAGCUGGGCCUCAUGAAGCUUUCAACAAACUCUGGGAGCUUUGCUGUCAGUGGCUGAAGCCAAAGAUGCGUUCUAAGGAGCAGAUUCUGGAGCUGCUGGUGUUGGAGCAGUUCCUAACCAUCCUGCCCACGGAGAUAGAGACCUGGGUGAGGGAGCAUUGCCCAGAGAAUAGAGAAAGAGUUGUGUCACUGAUAGAAGACUUACAGAGAGAACUGGAGAUCCCAGAGCAGCAGAUCGAUAGGCAGGAAAUGCUGUUGGAGGAGCUGGCACCAGUGGGCCCGGCACAUGUACCACCAAACAUCCACCUGGAGUCGCCCCCGCUGCAGGUGAUGGGACCUGCCCCGGACGCCCCUGGUGCCGAGGCCUGGAUGCCCCAGGCAGGGCUGCCAGAGCUGGGCUACGGAGCUGCUGAGGACUGCCAGCCCUUCCUGGACCCUGGAUAUCCAAUACCAAAGCUUGACGUGAGCUUUCCGUUGGAGCCUCGGGAAGAAGCGUGGGUGAAGGAACUACAAGAGUCCAAAGAAAUGAAGCAAUUACUUGAUUCUAAGAUCGGUUUUGAGAUUGGGAUAGAAAAUGAAGACGAAACUUCCAAACAGAAAAAACUGGAGAACAUGUACCCAUUUAUUGUUACUCUAGAGGGGAACGCUCUCCACGGUCCCAUUUUGCAGAAGGACUAUGUACCAUUGGAGAAUCAGUGGGAGAGCCCCCCAGAGGACCUACAGACAGAUUUAACAAAACUGGUAGAUCAGCAGGAGCCCUCGGCAGGAGAGAAACCUGAAAAUUCCAACUUGGAAGAACCUCUCAACCCCAGGCCCCAAAAGAAAAAGAGUCCAGGGGACAAACCUCACCGAUGUCCUCAGUGUGGGAAGUGUUUCGCUCGGAAGUCACAACUUACAGGGCACCAGAGAAUUCACUCAGGAGAGGAACCCCAUAAAUGCCCCGAGUGUGGAAAAAGAUUCCUCCGUAGUUCAGACCUAUAUAGACACCAACGGCUGCACACGGGGGAGAGGCCCUAUGAGUGCACCGUGUGUAACAAGCGAUUCACUCGGCGGUCGCACCUGAUAGGCCACCAGAGAACCCAUUCAGAAGAAGAAACGUACAAAUGCCUGGAGUGUGGGAAAAGCUUUUGUCAUGGAUCGAGUCUCAAAAGACACCUGAAAACGCAUUCAGGUGAAAAACCUCACAGAUGUCACAGUUGUGGUAAAAGUUUUAGUAGACUGACAGCUCUCACUUUGCAUCAGAGAACUCACACGGAAGAGAGACCUUUUAAAUGUAAUUAUUGUGGGAAAAGCUUUAGACAGAGACCCAGCCUUGUUAUUCAUUUGCGAAUUCAUACAGGGGAGAAGCCAUACAAGUGCAGUCACUGUUCUAAAAGCUUCAGACAGAGGGCAGGCCUCAUUAUGCACCAGGUCACUCACUUUAGAGGACUUCUUUGAGAAUCGUUAAAGGCAACAGGCUGCCACAGAGAUUGACACUAA